AUGGCAAUUCCGGAUGUGGCGCCGGCUAGUUCGGAACCUAGUGAUGUUCGUGCAGCAGCAGAACCCCGAACGCAGAGUGCAGAGACGGUUGAUGAGUUCGUGAAGACCCCGGAUGAUGAUCAGUCAGGUGAGUGGAGCUGGGAGCACCACUCGUGGGGAGAUUCAGGAUGGCGAGAUGACGAUCGCUGGGGCGGCCGUCGUUGGUGGGGACCCCAAUCCUGGAAUGAUGGUCGCUCGCACGGCGACCAUGGGAGGCGAACCAGCUGGGACAACAGCUGGGAGGGUGGCAGCACCGAGACUGCUGCCACCGCAAACGGCGGCAGCUGGACCUACCAAGGAGACCACGACGAUUACGAGGAAGAACCACACGAUCCCUGGGCGGAUGGUAGAGACGGUCUCUUUCAAGGUCGGGAUUCACGGCUACGUCAUCGACAGGGAUCAUGGGGCGAACGCCCCCCCAGUCAGCGUGACUACGGCGAUGUCGUGUGGGACGGAUGGCGACACUACACUGGCGGGUCGUUUACUACCAGGUCCGAGGACGACAAGGCGAGCGGCGAGACUUGGAAGGCCGGGAAAGCAUCGGAGAAGUUGGUAGUCCCGACAUUCUCUGGCGAGGAUGGAGACGACGUCGGCAACUCGGCUAGGUCCUACCUGAGAGAGGUCGAAGCUUGGCGGCGGCUCACACACCUGCCGCAAAGCCAGCAAGGACUUGUGCUUUACAGGCAUCUCGCUGGCAAGGCAUGGGUCGCUGCCGAGGAACUCAAUGUGGAUGCGCUUGGACGAAGCGAUGGAGUUCAGUACCUACUGGGGUGGAUGCGAGAGCGCUACUUGGACUUGGAGGUGACCCGCAUAGGCAAGGCGUUCUCUGACAUGUUCCGCAAGUUGAAGCGUCGUGCAGGGCAAUCUGUCAGGGAUUAUAACUCCGAGUACGAUCGACUUCACGCCCGCUUGCGUGAAACUGGCUGCAGACUUCCCGAAGAAUGUGCGGCCUGGCUUUAUGUGGAUAGGUUGAACCUCGAGGAGGGGGCCGAGCUCAACUUGCUCGCUUCGGUGGGCAAUGAGUAUUCCCUCGGCAGGUUACAGAAGGCCGCGAUCAUCCAGGACCGAGGGCUUCGCAAACCUUGGGAAGGUGGUGCUGGGAAAGGAGCUCGGCGGCCCUACACCGCGCAUGUGACGGACAAUGCGGAGGGCGACCCCGAGAUCAGCGACGAGGAGCUCGACGGCAUGGACGACAUCCCGGAGGACGUCGCCGUCGCCUAUGUCACGUACCAGAGUGCAAAGAACAGGUACCGCGAUCAAGUUCGGAGUCGAGGCUACCAAGGCCAAGCAGAAGCCACCGCGACAACCACGGGCAACUCCGGCGGCCGACCACCUCGUGCUGAUGAUUCCGGUGCCCGUGAGGAGAAAAUCCGUCUGAUGAAGUCGCGCUCUUUCUGCUCGAGCUGUGGAAAGAAGGGGCACUGGCAUAAAGACAAAGAGUGCCCCAACAACAAUGGUGGUGGAGCCGCUGAUGGUCCGAAGGAUGUAAAGAUGUGCAAUAUCAUGCCUGCCCAGGUUCUUGCUCUUCGUCAUGUCGGAGGAGGAGAAGACCUUCUUGCCAUUGCCGACACCGCCUGCGCAAGGACGGUUGCUGGGACACAGUGGGUACAGGACUACAUGGACAAGUUGCCCCCUGAUGCCCCUAAGCCCAGCCUUCUACGAGAAUGUGAAGCUUACAGGUUCGGCACUGGCAAGAUAAUGUACUCGUCCUUCUACGUUGUCAUCAGCUUUAGACUUGGGCAAAAGGUUGUACGUCUGCGCACCUCAGUGAUCAACGGCGACAUACCUCUGCUGGUUUCAAGGACUGUGCUCAGCAAGUUAGGUAUGAUCUACGACAUCGAACAGGGCACCGCCGACUUCACGAAGGUUGGGCUGAGCGGUUUCGAGCUUUUGUCGACGGCCUCAGGCCAUCCGGCUAUCCCGAUUGUCCCCGUAGUUGUUGACGGCGGGAACGACGCCGCUCUCCCCGUGGAGGAGCCCAGACUCGAGUCGCGUGAGCCAUAUACAGCGUUUGCAGUCGGUUUCAGCAGUAGGAAAGCACACAUGUACAACAUCUACCACGACAAGAAGCUAGAUCCUGCAGUGAAGAGCAUGCUUACUCAAUGUCGGUUGCCUCGUGAAGCCUUCAUGUCAUGGUGGAAGCAUUGUCGGGUACCCGGUGAUUUCUGGAUUGAGACGGAGUGUUCUUGGGUAAGAGUUCAUCUCACUCCAAGGAGAGCCAUGUAUAAUCCAGCUAUGUGGGGGUCGUCGGCCACUCUUCAGAAGCAGAUGUUGUUGAGCAGCCUCGGAGAGAUUAGGGUCACUGAAGCAGUUUGUUGCUCCUCUGAACGCUGGCUAGAAGAUGUCGUUGAUACUUGGAAUCAGAAGGCUACCUCUGAGUCGACUUUGCCGCUGCUCUGGAUCGGGAGAACGAUCUUCAACAAGCGAUCGCCGCCCCGGGAUAUCCCUUUAUGCGACCAGCCCGUGGCGAUCAGCAAGAUGACGAAAACCCAGCUUCUGGAGGAAGCCCUGCGGCUGGGACUCACCGUCCACAAGUCGUGGUCCCCGGAGGAGAUCAAGGCGAUCAUCAUGGAGCACCGCGAGUCUGUGAACGAGAAGGAUGCCCAGUCCUUGGACAUCCAGUUCCCGUCCAACAUCACCAAGGGCAACCUCCUAAACCUCGUGAGGGACUCGCUCAACACCCCGGACAACGAGUUGAUGAAAAUCGGCCGCUACCGGGGCCGAGAAUUCCGGGAGAUACCUCACCAAUAUGGCGUCUGGGCCAUGAACGAGAUCAAGAGCAGCCAGACGGCCGACGACGAGUUGAUCCGAUUCGCCCGUUGGUUCGAGGCGAAGCUGCAGAGGAAUGCGACCUACACUGGCAGCGACCUGGCGAGCAGCCAUCCCGGGCCGUACCCGGGGACAGAGAGCUCGGCGGGAUCAUCCUGGCGGGGCGUGUGGGAAGAGAACCUCCCUGCGAGGGCCGUGAACAUGGGAGAGGGGCCGGGACGAGACCGGCCGAAGAGGGCGACCGCGGAGGCGGACCACGCGACCUACGAGAAGGACAUGGACGACGAGCCGAAUGCCAAGACGCUCGACGAGAUCAGGAAGCUGGAGACUCGCCUUGCCCUUCUGAAGGACAAGGCCCGGACCAAGUCGGGCAAUUGA